UUCUCAUUCUCAUGGAAGAGUCGCUCUACGACGAGUUCGGCAACUACGUUGGCCCCGAGCUGGACGACGAGGACGAUCAGAACGGCGCGCCGACCGGCUUCCAGUACCACGGCGCUGCCUCUGCUGGCACCUCUGGCUACGACGAUGGCGACGACGACGACAGCAAUGCGCGUGUCAUCCAGAUGCGCGGCACGGACGUCCGCGGCUGGGAGGAGGACGACGAGGCGGAUCAGCAACGACGUCCACGCGACUAUCUCGAGACGGACGACGCCGACGCCCCGCAGCCCAUGGCCACCGAUCGCCCAAUCACGACUGCGAUCGUGCUGCACGAGGACAAAAAGUACUACCCAUCGGCGAGCGAGAUCUACGGCCCGGACGUCGAGACGAUCGUGCAGGAGGAGGACACGCAGGCGCUCUCUGAGCCCAUUGUCGCGCCAAUCCGCAAGAAGCAGGUCGUCGUGAUGGAGAGCGACCUGCCAUUCACGUCCUACAACAAGACGUUUAUGGCAGAGCUCGCGUCCAAGCCAGAGUUUGUGCGCAACGUGGCAGUGAUUGGCCACCUGCAUCACGGCAAGACCACCUUGUUUGACCGCCUGAUUGAGCCGACGCACGGCGUUGAAUGGAACGACGAGCAGGAUGUGCGAUACACAGACACGCUUUAUCUCGAGCAGCAGCGCGGGUUGAGCAUCAAAUCCACGCCAAUGUCGCUCGUCAUGCCAAACAGCAAGGGCAAAUCAUACCUCCUCCACCUGAUUGACACUCCAGGACACGCCAACUUUUACGACGAGGCUGUUGCCGCCAUGCGUCUUGCUGACGGUGUUCUUCUCGUCGUCGAUGCCGUGGAGGGUGUCAUGCUCCAGACGGAACGGCUUUUGCGACAUGCCGUGCAAGAGCGCCUUCCCAUCACUCUGUGCGUGAACAAGAUUGAUCGCCUGGUGCUGGAACUCAAGCUCCCUCCGAUGGACGCCUACCACAAGCUCAAGCACACCAUCGACGAAGUCAACUCGUUGAUCGGCUCGAUUGCGCUGCAAACACUCACCGCCGUCCAGCCCGCCUCGCGCAAGGUGGUCGAUGGCAACAAUGCAGCAGCAGCACCAGCAGCAGCAGCAGCAGCGAGCAAGACGCUUGAGCAACAGAUUGGUGAAAUGCUCGUUUCGCCUCUGCGUGGCAACGUCAUGUUUGCCAGCUCGCGAUAUGGCGUGCUCUUCACUGUCCAGUCCUUUGCAGAUUUGUACGCAAAGUUGCAUGGUCAGGGCUUUGAUGCCAAGGAGCUGGCCAAGCGACUCUGGGGCAACUCGUUCUACGACCCUGCCACGCGUUCCUUCCACGCCAAAUCCCAAAACUCGACCAUGCAACGCUCCUUUGUUGCUUUCGUUAUGGAUCCAUUGUACAAAUUGUUUGCACAGGUGGUUGGUGACACUGAGACCACCCUUCCUGUCGUCUUGCAGGAGCUUGGUGUGCGUGUUUCCAACACCGAGCUCCGCAUGAACGUGCGCCCCUUGCUCAAGAUUGCGUGCAGUCGGUUGUUUGGCAAGGCAAGCUGCUUGGUCGACAUGUGCAUUGCACACAUUCCUUCGCCCAUCCAGGCUGCCCGCGCUCGCAUCCCUCUCAUUUACUCUGGCCCGCUCGGCAUUGACGAAGACGAAGAGGACGACGGUCAUGCUCGCUCCUUUAAGAGUGCAUCGUCGCGUGCCCGCGCUGGUGCCAACCACAAGUUUAGCAACGCUGAGCUGGUGCAAUCGUUGCUCUCGUGCGACCCCGAGGGCCCGCUCAUGAUCCAGAUCACCAAGCUCAUUCUCUCUGAAGACUCGACCACCUUUGACGCGCUCGGUCGUGUAUUUAGCGGCACUAUCUCUACUGGCCAAUCUGUCGAGGUGCUCGGCGAUUCGUACUCGCUCGAAGACCCCGAAGACAGCAAAAAGGCCACCGUCAACGGGCUCUUUAUCAGCGAAGCACGGUACCGUGUGCCCGUCCAAUCUGCGUCCGCCGGCUCCAUCGUAUUGAUCCAAGGCAUCGAUGCCAGCAUUGCCAAGACCGCCACCAUCACUGGCCUCAACAACCCACGCGCUCGCAUCUUCCGAUCGUUGCGGUUUGGCGCCCCGUCCGUGGUGAAGGUCGCCAUCGAGCCCGUCAACCCUUCUGAGCUUCCCAAGAUGAUUGAAGGUCUUCGCAAGGCCAGCAAGAGCUACCCGCAGCUGAUUACCCGUGCCGAGGAAAGCGGAGAGCACGUCGUCAUUGGUACCGGCGAGCUGUACAUGGACUGUGCCCUCCAUGACGUCCGCAAGGUGUUUUCCGAGGUUGAUUUGAAGGUUUCCGAUCCCGUCGUCAGCUUUGCCGAGACAGUCGUAGAGACAUCUUCGAUCAAGUGUGUUGCUGAAACCCCCAACAAGAAGAACAAGCUCACAAUGAUUGCCGAGCCCUUGGAUAAGGGCCUUGCCGAGGACAUUGAGAGCGAAGUCGUGUCACUGUCAAUGACCAAGAAACAGGUUGGCGACUAUUUGCAGCACAAGUACAGCUGGGAUAUUCUAGCAGCUCGUUCCGUCUGGGCCUUUGGUCCCGACCAAAACGGGCCGAACGUUUUGCUGGAUGAUACGCUGCCGUCUGAGGUCGACAAAAAGCUGCUGGGCACCAUUCGUGACUCGGUUGUUCAAGGUUUCCAAUGGGGCGCCCGCGAGGGCCCGCUCUGUGACGAACCCAUCCGCGGUGUAAAGUUCCGCGUGCUGGAUGCGACCAUUGCUCACGACGCGCCUUCUCGAGGUGGUGGCUUUGUCAUCCCGACUGCACGCCGCGUCACCUACUCGUCUUUCCUUCUCGCCACUCCUCGUCUCCUUGAGCCUCACUUCCUGGUCGAGAUUCAAGCACCGGCCGACUGCGUCUCUGCCAUCUACACUGUUCUCGCUCGUCGAAGAGGCCAUCUCACGUCCGAGACACCCAAGGCUGGCUCCCCGCUGUACACGCUCAAGGGCUACUUGCCUGUGAUGGACUCGUUUGGUUUUGAGACCGAUCUGCGCAUCCACACCCAAGGCCAGGCCUUCUGCAUGACUACGUUUGACCACUGGCAGGUCGUUCCUGGCGAUCCGCUGGACAAGAGCAUUUAUCUUAAGCCACUCGAACCACAGCCCGCUGCUCAUCUCGCGCGUGAAUACAUGGUCAAGACACGCAGGCGCAAGGGUCUGAGUGAUGAUGUUAGCAUUACCAAGUAUUUCGACGAUCCGCUGUUGCUCGAGCUUGCGCGGCAAGAUUUGGGUCUGAAUUUGCCGUUCUAAGCGAUCGAUUCUUCGUUUUUCCAUGUGUGCCCGAUGUAGUUGGCAAUUCUAUCCGCGUUUUAGGAUUUGUUUUGCUUCUCGCUUUCACCUGCAACAUUGCAUCCAUUUUCGUCAUGAUGGUUUUCGAGCUGAACCUGUCAGAAACUGAACUACGGGGUUUUUUUUUUAACUAGAAUUACACGAUGAGCGCACGAG